AUGACUACACCAACUUUUCAUGCUAAAUCGACUGCGCUUGAAGUUGUGAAAGGUCUGAACGUAAAUCUCGAUGGAAAGCUUGUACUCAUUACUGGUGGUACAUCGGGUAUAGGAAUAGAAACAGCUCGUGCAUUAGCCACAGUAAAUGCACAUGUAAUUAUAACAGCACGAGAUAUGAAUAAAGGUGCAGAAAUUGUAGAAGAUCUAAAAAAAUCAACUAAAAAUGAAAACAUCGACGUGAUGGAACUCGAUCUAAAUUUGUUUCAAUCAGUUCGAGAUUUUGUUGAACGAUUUCGAACGCGUAAUACACCAAUCAAUAUUCUUAUUUGUAAUGCUGGUGUUAUGGCAUGUCCAUAUGGAAAAACAGUUGAUGGUUUUGAAACCCACUUUGGUGUUAACCAUUUAGGUCAUUUUCUUCUUACAACAAGUCUUGUGCCCGAACUCAAAACAGGUAAACCAUCGCGUGUUGUUGUUGUUAGUUCGCUAGCAAAUAAACGUGGUGGUAUUAAUUGGGAUGAUAUUAACUGGGAAAAAAAAUAUGAUAAAUGGCUUGCCUAUGCGCAGAGUAAAACAGCAAAUAUUCUCUUUGCUAAACAAUUCAAUAAAUUAUAUUCAUCAGAAGGUGUUCAAGCAUAUGCUUUACAUCCAGGUGGUAUUAUGACAAAUUUAGUUAAGCAUUUACCCAUUGAAGAACAACAAGCGAUGGGAUGGUUUAAAGAAGAUGGUACUCUGGUCGAUAGAUUUAAAAAUGUUGAACAAGGAGCAUCGACAAGUGUCUAUGCUGCUUUAGCGCCGGAACUUGAUAAUCAUGGUGGAGAAUAUCUGGAAAACUGUGCAAUAAGUCAAGGAGUAAAUCCAGAUAUGACAACAUUCUGGGGUAUGGGAAUACACGCAGUUGAUAUGGAAUCAGCCGAACGUUUGUGGAAACUGAGUGAACAAUUAGUAAAAGUUGAAUAA